GCCUUGAGGGAGGGUAUGUGACGCAUUCCCAGACCCUCCAACCAACUCAUCAUCAGCUACUUCUCUGUGACUGGGUCCUGUUUAAGGUCCUCCCAAGACAGACUUCAUUGGAUCCACGCUCAAGAGGACUCUACCAGGUUUUCCUGAUCCCCCUACAUCGCUGUAAAGUGCCAAGGCCUUAAGAGUUGGGUACGUGUAUUACAACAGCGAGAGUGCCAGCGCCAACAAAAGACCUAUUGGAUCUGUCAGCUCCUCUGUUUCACCAAGCAGACAUAAUAACCUUACCAACAAAGCAGAGUAAGCCAAGUGCCUCUGUGUGACACCACCACCAGCUGAUAACACAUAAGAAAAAAAUAACUUAUUUAGACUAGAGCCUUAUCUUUUCUUGAGAAACUGGGACUUGGGAAGCUAUUCUGAGAUCUGUGCUGCUAGUAAGUGACUGAUGACACCAUAGACUGGAUCAGUCCCUGAGUUCAGAGACGGAGUUGCAACUGAGUGAAAAAUAGACAACGAAAUCUUGAAGAAUUGCACUGAGGUGCAAGCCAAAUUUAACCCUCUCCAAGUAAUGUUUGUUGAACUGAGAAAUUGCUAAACCAGCCCUGUAAUAGGACUGGUUAUUUGGGUGUCUGUUUGUCAUUGCUGCCUCUUACUGUUACGUUGCUCCCGGUGUUUUCUUUCUAGGUCCAGAUGUUCUCAGAUAAUUCACAUUGCCCUGAUUGUGGACAACAGUGGUUUCCUAGUUUAGAACUAGGCCAUUGGUUGUACCAAACUGAACUUGUUGAAAAUGAAUGUUACCAAGUAUUCUUAGACCGUAUUAACAGAGCUGAUUAUUGCCCUGAGUGUUAUCCUGAUAAUCCUGCUAAUAGAAGCCUUGUUCUUCCUUGGUCUUUCCCACUUGAGUGGGCUCCCCAAAAUCUCAGCAGGUGGACCUUUGAAAAAGCUUGCCAUCCAUUUCUUCUGGGUCCUCCGCUGGUUAGAAAAAGGAUACAUGAAUCCAGAGUAGCUGGUUUUAACCCUGCAUUACAGUUAAUCUUGACCAGAACAGACAAAACCUUAAACAAAAAACUUGGCCAAAACAAAUAACUUUUAUAACAGUCAAAAUCAUAGAGAUUCUAGAGGGUUUUGUGGUAGUAGCCCAAGGAGGAUGAUAGAAAAAUAAAACCUUUCUAAAUCUGACCCAGACUGUCACUACUUUGGGGAACUGCUUAAAUUGUUGGAUCCGCUUCCAUGGCCUGUUUAUAUUUUAUUCAUCAUGAAUUCAGUCAGUAUUCCAGCCAGACUGUUCAUCUAGAACCAGACUAAUUUAUGUUCCAUAUGAACGAUGUAUUUGAACUAGCUUGUCUCUCCUAAAAAGUUCUACAGCUUGAUUAUUGACAUAUGACAAGUUCUAGAGGAGGGGAGGCCCCAUACUGUGUGCUCCAUAUGGUAUUUCUAAUGAUAACUUUUGUGGGACAGUGUUCUUGUUGUAGCUGGAUCCUAGAUUUUUCCAGUAAAUUUUAGUAAGAAAUUACCUUGUUCUAAAUUCCAUCUUUUGUACAUUGAUCAGUGAUAAUGAUAAAUAUAUAUACAAUUUAUUCAUAUGUAACCAUUUAUCAUUGGCUCUGUUUGGCCCAUCCUCAGUGUGGCUGUGACAUUAUUGAUAACUGGUCACUGCCAGAGAAAUCACAUUCUAUCAGGCAGCACUUCCAUAAGUUACACAAAAACAGGUAGAAAUGUCACCUGUCUAGACUUGCUUGGCUCUACUUAAACAAAGACUAUCCUAUCUUUGUGGUGACUGAACUUAACAGUGUCCUCCCCUGGAAAUGGAAAAGUACCUACACUAUGAGAUAUAUGACUAAAGAAAUUAUCAAAUCUUACUCCAUAAGUAUUAUGAACAGUCCAGAGGAAGCAUCUUUCUUAGAACUAAGAAGUUCUUGCUAGACACUGGCUACAUUCUGUCCUCCUCUUGUUCAUGAAAAUCAUGGAACCAGAAUUGGAGUGAAGCACCUUAGAAAAAGCUAUUGAAAACAUAUCAGAGGCCACUGAACAAUUUUUAAUUUCCACUUAAGAUGCUAGGUAAUCUAGUGCUUGUGUAGCAGCUCAACAAUAUUAUCAAGGACCCAGGCUCUUUCUAUCCUUACCUUCUGGGAGCCUUACCAUGUUUGCUUUUUGUCCUCAUGGUUGUUUCCUCAGUGAGUACAAUGUGGCUUGUUGCUGCACCAGAUAUUUCAAUCCCAACCAGAAGCUGGAAGUAGGGAGCAAAAGGCUUUCUCCUUUCAAGUCUGUCUUGUAUCUGGGAAUAAAAUCUUUCCCAAAAGUCCCUAGCAGAUUUCUUCUUACAGCUCAUUAGAGGGUACUGGUUCACAAGGGAGCCUGGGAAAGCCUGGCAAAGGGGAAUGGGAUUGACAUUGCAUGGAUAGGGCACAUUGCCUCCACUGAAAAAAUCAGGGCUCUUUUAGGAAGUAAGAAGUGGGAGAUGAGUAGCUGUUGGUAUGGAACAAAUCAUACUUGCCACAUGUGAAACCUAAAUUUAUUUGUUUGUAUAAAGAAUGUACCACAGAGAUCCACCUUGUAUCUGCCUUAUGUCUAUUACGAUGGAGUUUCUCUCCUGCUAUAUUGCUGAAUAAACUGUGUGGACUGCUAAA